AUGGUUGAAUUCUUAAUAAUUUCAUCUUUCAACACCUAUCCCUACUAUAAUGGCGGCAACGAUCAUUACGAAUAUUCAAAGACCAAUAGAAAUACAGCUAGAGGGUAUGCACAUAUCAAAUCGAAAAAAACCGACCUAUCAUUAACCCGUUCAGAACAAUCAGAACGUAAGCCAAGAGAUGGUUCAUUCUACACCAAAAAAGAUUACUCUCAGGUUGAAAAUGUAACAAAGUCUUUUAUCAUAUUGGGUGAUCAAGCAUUACCUCCUAUCAAUGCAACAAUAGAUUCAGCUAUUUUGAAAGCACCAGAAUUUAAUCAUUUAAAACCAAUUUAUAAUAUAAAGACUCAUUUUCAACCUUGUGGUGUUUUUCCUUGUCCCAAUUUCAAUUGGAGUGUGAAAGAUCCUAUUAUUUACUCUGCAACUUUGACAAGUAAUAUUAAUCGAUUAAUCAUUAAUGGUAGUAGUUUCUGUACAAAUAAAAAUUGGAUCACAUGUAAUAUUUAUGGAUAUAAUACACCUUCUUCUCCUCCAAUUAUUGAAUUUACAAAUCAUACUGGUUUAGUAUUAGAUAUUUCUUCAUUGUCAAAUGAAUUCAAAUAUGCAGGUUUGAAACUAUUAACUUUGACUAUCAAUGAUCCACAUAGUAAUGUUUCUAGAUCUACAACUUCGAAUAUGCCAAUUGAACCUAUAAUUACUAAAACAACAACAACUUCAAGUGAUCUUGGUGGACCAGUUACAAUUUCAGGUGAUUUAUUCGAUUCAGUUAAUUCUUUUGGUUUUAAAACAAUCAAAACGAUUCAAAUUGGAUCACAAUCAUGUUUGAAUGUUGUUGAUCUCUCAGUUUAUAGUAACUCAUUCAUUUGUCAACUUGGACCAAUUUCAAAGAUGUCAAACAAUCAACAAUUCACAAAUAUUCCAAUUCUUGUUACAAUUGAAGGAGCAACAUCAAACAAUUCAACUAUAUUAUUCAAUUAUGAUGUUCCUUCAAUUUCAAAUAUUUAUCAAAAUGGAAGUAAAAUCUAUUUUGAAGGUGAACUCUUGGGAUAUUCUUCUCAAAUUUCAAAAACAUGGAUCUCAGUUUCAAAUUCAACAAUGAUAAAUAAUUCAUUUGUACCAACUCAAAUCGAUAUCGAAUCAUUACCACUUGUAUCUAAUAGAUCAUCAGUUAAUAGAAAAUGGAUUGUUCAAUUUAGAAUUCCAAAUAAUUUCAAAUCAGGAUUAUUUAAUUUUUUCAUCAGCAAUCAUAACAAUCAAUUAAUAUCAAACUCUGUUCAACUUUCAAUCAAAGCAGAUAUAGGUGAAAUAUCUACACCACAAACCAAAGGUGAUACUCUUACUAUUUUUGAUGCUCUAUUUGGAAAUCCAAUAUCAAUUAAAUUCACAAACAGACCUGAUAUCAAAAAUACAUCGAAUCCGAUGUUGAUUGAUUCAUCAACUAUUAUUGUGAAUAUCUCCUGGAUCUGUGUAACUCCAAUUUCAAGACAUGGAGGUGUAAUAACGAUUUCUGGAUCAAAUUAUGAUGUUAAUAACACAUCAGUAUUUAUAUUCAAUACUAUUGGAUGUAAUACUACCACAAUUGUAAACGAUACAACAAUAUAUUGUCAAGUAAAAUUGAAUGGUUCAGACACUUUGAAAUUUGGAGAGAAUCUAAAUGUCACUAUUAUUGUCAAUACUCAGAUUGUAAUCAGUUCAACACUAAACAUUACAUCGAUCACAGGAGGACAAGAAACAAAUAUUCUUCGGAUUAUACAGUUUACAGAUCUUCAUUAUGGAGAAAACAUAAAAUAUGAUAAAUUAAACUAUGAAGCUCAAAAUAAAUUAUUAGAUUAUGAAAAACCAGAUUUUGUUAUGUUAUCAGGAGAUAUGAUAAGUGGAUACAAUAAAAACUUUUAUAGAGAUCAAUCAAAAUAUCACACAAUUUGGGAUAUCUUAACGAAACCAAUGAGAGAUAGAAAUAUUCCAUGGGCAAUUACAUUUGGAAAUCAUGAUGCAGAAGGACCUUACUCAAGUUCUCAAAUUGUAGAUUUAGAUAUGUCUUUUAAUGGAAGUCUGACGAGACAUGGACAAAUUAAAAAUGGUGGAGAAACGAAUUAUGUUAUACCAAUAUAUUCAUCUAAUUCCUCUGUAGACAUAGCUUCAUUAAUUUAUAUUUUCGAUAGUGAUAACUUUGGAUGUGGAGAUUCAGGUGAUUGGGGUUGUAUAUACAAGCAUCAAGUUGAUUGGUAUGAAGAAACAAGUGAUCACUACAAUAAGACACCAUCUAUAGCAUAUGUACAUAUACCACCAGUUGAAGUUAUAGAUCUAUGGAAUAAUUUUGAAGUUUACGGAGAUUUUGGGGAUUCUGCCUCUUGCUGCUAUCAUACAAAGGAAUCAAAGUUUAUUGAAAAGAUGAUUAAAAGAGGUGAUAUCAGAGCAUUGUAUUUCGGACACGAUCAUAGAAAUGAUUAUCACGGUGAUUACUAUGGUAUCGAUCUUGGUUAUGGUAGAAAAACAGGUUAUGGUUCCUACGAUCCAAAGUAUGCACAAGGUGCUAGAGUAUUGGAGAUUCAACAAGAUCCUUUCAAAUUUGUAACAUGGAUUAGAGAUGUCCAUGGAACAAUCGAUAUUCAAACUUUACAUACACCAAGUGUAAAAUUACCAAGACAUUGUUGUAUAAUAGGAGAAUCUUCUUUUAAAUCAGAUUGGAUCAGUUAUUUAUUAGUUUUAUCAGGAGUAAUGAUUGGAGUUUUCAUCUUUCAAUUAGCUAAAGUUUCAAAAAUUAAAAAUAUAGAUAAAUAA